GGUUAGGUUAGAAUCGAACGAGUGUGUUGUUUGCAAACUUCGGUUGACAAGCGAUAAAUUUUCAAAGAUCCUUCGGUCUCGCGGAACGUGCGAAUUCGAACAACACAAGAAACAAUUGUGACGUGAUCGUCUCGCGCGCUCGUAUUUUUGACAUUUUUGUCAAAACGCAGUACGCGCAGUUACGCGUCUUACGUGUGUGUGUGUGCAUUAUGUAUGUAAUUGCGCAAAUUCUCGAGUGUGCGUAUCCUCUGUGACGUGCGAUCAUUGAGGGUACAAACCUACUCGACGCGAGGUUCCUACCCAAGUACUCUCUCUCUCUCUCGAUAAUUUGGAUAAUUCUAUAUCGUCGGAUGGUUCGGUUGCGACAACGUGACGAGGAUUCAUUAGGAUUCGGCUUUUCGUUCGAGCUUCGGAACCAUAGCGCGUACCGAAAGAUUGACGAAAGCACCGAGUUAUCCAACAAGAUCUGCUACAAGUGUGUGUACGAAUUGGAACAGUGUACGACAUUUGUGCAAAAGUACAGAAAAUCACACGAGAUCUCGCAGUCCCAAAAUGAGGUCAAAAAACCAAAGUGCUGUUUGUGCUUGGAAGUUAUAGAAAAUAAUUUUAUCUUCGACGUCACCAGGGAGUAUCAUCCGGUAUUCACUGCCGUACAAAAGAUUCGAAACAUUUUCAAUGUUGAUUUCAGCAAAAGGAUCAAGGAUAAAUUAGUUUGUCUGUCAUGUCGGUAUAACUUGGACGUUUUGUACGAUUUGAAGCGAGUGCAUCACGAAACGGUUACCAAUUUGAAGAGUCUAAUUAAUGGAGCAAUUGAUUAUUCGCAUUUUCCAAAGGUCCAUACAGAUAUUGUAAAUCGCAAAACAACCGUAACCACAUUCCCAGAUGUUUCAUUUUGCGCUUCAGUGAUUUCUGAUAGUGAAACUAGCGACGAAAUGGCGCCCGGUAAGUCGCGCGACAACAAAAGCCGCAAUACGCGAAACAAGGCACAAAACAGACCGAAAGUGCGAAAAUGCCAACAGUGCUUGAACGUUGUCCCAAUCGGCAGCGACAUGUACAGAUUUUAUCGCACGGGAUUAACGGUUUGUAAAAAAUGUUGGGUCACAAUGGAUCCGAGUAAAGACAGAGGUAGGCGACAACGAUCAUUGAAGUCGAAACAAAGAUCAUCGGGAACAAAACUCUGCGCGGUCUUUUUGACGGACGUGCUGAACGAAGAAUCGAACAAGAAGAGUCAGGAAUUCGAAGUGCGAAGAGACAAGGACGGUAACAGAUUGUACAUUAUAUCGGACGAGAGUUCGCUGGACGAAGAUAGAUCCUCACCGGAGAGUAGUCGUCCGAGCGUGUCGUCCAAGUCGCUCGUGUCGGAGAACACUGUUGUUAACGGAAGUGCGAAACAAAAGAACAAACGAAAACUCGACAAGAGCGACGUCGAGAAGACUCAAUCGUAUAAAUUGAGAAAAUCGAGUCAGAGCACAGAGAGCACGAACGAAUUGAAAUCGAUAGUGUCGUCCGACGUAGAAUCAAAACAAUCGAUUUCGUCACGUCGAAAACGUAAAACUACGAUCACUAGCAAUCAAAGCUCCGAUUCUGACACUCCUUUGAUUGAUACGCUAAAAAAGACACGUAAAGACAAUUCUGAUGUAAACAACGACACUUCCAGUGUGACGACGAAAUCUUCACAAGCGAAACGAGGAAGACCACCGAAAAAACAAAUAGAUAAACCGGUAGAUAAACCCGCAAGCGCACCGAUAAGUAGACCAUUGGGCAGACCCAGAAAAAGACUAAGAUCCAUUCUCGAAGGGGUAACGUCGAAUCUAUGCAUGGAGUUUGAUAACGAUGAGAGUGAUGACAAGAAAGGAACAAAAGACACACAGCGCGAAACCACAUCAACUGCGGAUGAGAGCAAGAAAAAUAAACAACGGAUCGUUAAAAGAGUAAGAUCGUCUUCUAACUCUAGUGUCGAUGUACCGUUGGAAGUGAAAUCUCCAAAAUCGGAAGUGUCAGAAAGUAAUAAGGAAGUGUCAGAAAGUAAUAAGGAAGUGUCAGAAAGUAAUAAGGAAGUGUCAGAAAGUAAGGAAGUGUAUCCUUGUGACAGGUGCGAUAAAGAAUUUGACAACAAGUUGUCGAGUCUGGAGCACAAAUUGUCGCAUCUCAAUCAGCCUAUAUUGAAACUGAUAAAGACGACUGUUUCGAGCACCACGGAGGAAACAAACGUUGAUUCGCAGGAGGAUAAAUCUUCCGAGAAAGCGGCGAGCGCUGGUGAGAAAACGGUCGAAGAUCCGGCUGAGGAGAUUGCUAUCAACAUCGACGAUGAUACCGAUGAAGAAAUCUUCAAUGCUUCGCGCAGAGAUUGCGCGAGCGAAAAGGAACAGAAGAAAGAAGACGAGAAGAACGCGAAAGAUAAAAUUGAAUCGACAGAUGACGCGACGGAGAGCGACGAUCGCGCGGAGGAAAAACGUCCGCAAAUUCAAAGUAUUGAAAAAGUAUGUUUGAUUCAGACUAACGAAAAGUUUUUGACGAAGAAAUCUAAAGAACCGGACAGAAAAUUGAACGCCGUAUUGGACGAAACGGCGUUGUUAUUUGAAAAAGAAGACGAGGAUAUAAGUAACAAGGACACGUCGAAAGAAUCGGAUACCAAAGACGCAUCGAAGAAUCAAGAUACGUCGGUUGAGAUAGAUACAACGGUUGAAAAAGACGCGUCAAAAGAUGGGGAAGAGGUGAGAAAAGAUGUACAGAAAGAUAGCGAAUCAUCCACGGAAGAAAGUCAGAAACACGUGGAUGUUGACGCAGCCAAAUGCGCAAAAGAAGAUGAAAAUACGGAGACAGAGAAUGAUACAGAAAUAUCCUUGGCGAAUAAAGAGGAGUCUGUUAGCGAACGUAAUAAAGACGAAGAUGAUACUUGCGAGAAAAAAACGUGCGAUAAAGAAAAAAAGAUGGAAUCGCCAGAUUUGUCCGUUCCUAACGUAACUAGGACUGGCGAGGAUCAAUGCGUGGACAAUGAAAGCAGCAAGGAAAAGGUGGAAGAAAAAACGAGCGAUAAAGAAACGGCUAAAUCGUCAGAUUUACCCGAUCCUGAUGUAUCCAAGAUUACUAACGAGGAUCAAGUAGACGAUGAAAGCGGCAAGAAGGACGCGGAAAAAAUUAACGAAGAUACAGAAAAUACGGAUCUUCUUGCUGAAGAUGGCAAAAUUGUUAGAAACGAUAAAGAUACUGAAAAUGGCCGAAUAGAAGAGAUAAACGACGAUUUGUGCGAUUUAACGGACGAGUGUUUGGGAAAGCAACUUACGGAAAAGCCGGAGAAGCAGAUCGAUACAAUCGAUAUCACCGAUGAGACGGAAUUGUUGAACGACGGAGAUCUGAAUGACAUUGAUAUAGACAUAAGCGAGAUUGAAUCGGUCGCGAAGCAGCAGAACAAGACGGACGAACCAAUUCUGGAGAUGGAAGCGAUUACAAACAAUGACAAGAGUAAUAAUGUGGAAGACAUAACAAUUGACCUGAAUCCUUCAGAUUACGGGCCGUCGUUUGACAAGAAAGAUGACAGCGACAGAUACGACGACAUCAUUCAAAUAGAUUUGACGCACAAUACGAGCGACACGAUCAAAUCUUCAGAUGACACGGAAGAUAUUAUUACGAUACAAAGAGAAGAGAAAAGCAGAUUGGAAGAGGAGGUCGAGAGCCUUGAGGAGUUGGUGCGGGAUAAUUUGGCGAGUAAAUGUGACGGGCAGGAAACGUCGAACGUUACCGAGAUAUUACAUGAGAUAUUUGACAGAGUGCUCGAGGAAAGUCAAAGGCGAAAAGACUGUAUGAAAAACGGCAAUAACGAUGACGACGAGACCCUGGAAAACAUAUCGCGCGAGAUAAACAGUAGUGCCGAUAUGCCGUCUUUGGACCCGAUCUUGGAGUUAGACGAUGAUAACGACAUCAUCUUAGGUUAAUUGUACCUGUAGCACAUUAAGACACACACGUAUAAUAAUUUUGUUCUGUUUCUACUUACAUUCGUUGUGCAGUAUGUUCAUAGCUCUAAAAAACAAAUGUUUGAGACAAAAUAUAUCCAAGGAAAGAAUCUAAGUUAGUUAAAAAAACUAUAAAAAAAAAUUAAAAAAAAUAAAAUAAAAAAUUAAAAAAAAAUAGAAUAAAAAGGACUGGAUACAAGUGUAUUGUAUGUCUUUAUGAUCAAAAUGUUUUCUUUUUAGUUUGCUAUAUUUUUCUCAAGAAGACACUUGAAUUUUUCACUGCUUACAUUUCUUUUUUACAUUUCGUUUGUGACGUGAUGACGUCACCCCAUAUGUGUUUAAGGGAAAUUUUUUGAAAUGCUAAUAAAAACGCAGAAUUCUCAUAACUCCGGCACAUAAAUUUUGAAUGCUUGUACGUUUGAAGUAAAGAUAAGACCAAGAAAAGCUACCUGUGCAAUGAAAUUGUAAGCAUAAAAGUUAAAAAACAAAAAAAACAAAAAAAAGCAAAACCAAUUUUGUAAAUUAAACGAUAGAUAUUAAUUGCGAGACACGUGUAGCGUGUCAAGUUCGAGCGCAAAGCACGCAAAACAAAAAUCUACACUAAAAAGAAUUUUAUUUACAGGUAUCCCUCGACAGGUAUCCGAUUUGUGUUUAUGACUAUUUUACGAAUUUUCGGACUUACGACUUACCAGUGUGAACGAUAUUAAUUUUAUAUUCUUAAGGAACAGCGAUUUUGUUUUGUUAUUUUGUUAUUGACCCUUUCGCUGAACUAUAGUCGCGAAGCUGUACCGUCGCACGGACAGUUUUCUGUCGCGAUGUAUAAAAAACGGAUAUCAAAACGUGUAAAAACUAAUUUUCGCGUUGCAACAACGUUGUACAUGCGAUUUCCAGUGCGAGAUAGAGAAGAGAGCCACUCUGGUGUGGUUGUUUGUUCUAAAAAUCGUCGCUCUGCGGGAAGCCACUGUAUAGUGGCGCUUAAAACGAUUGAAUGAAAAUCUCUCGUUUUUGUAUCAAUAAAAUCAAUAAUUCGUACGACUAAUGUUUUAUUCACACAAAAUAUCAUCAAUAUGCUAAUUUGUGCGGAUUUAAUUGACACGUAUACAUAGUUUUGCGUCAAUUCGCGCGCUUGAAUAAGAUUGUCUCUGAACAUAACUUCGUCGUAUAUGAGUCGAGAGAUGCCUGUAUAUUAUAUAUAUAUAUAUAUAUAAAUAAUUAUAUACAUAUAUAUAUCACAUAGCAUAUAUAAUGUAUAUUAGGAUAUGUAGUCUAUACGAGAGAUGCGCGCGUGUAGGUGUGUGUGUGCGUGUGUGUGUGCGUGUGUGUGUGUGUGUGUGUGUACGUAUAUUUACAUAUAUACAUACAUAUGUCUAUACAUAUAUACAAAUGUUUUUUUUCCCCCGUGAAGACACUUUUGAUGCCUAGACUCACUUUUCCCGAUAUCCGACUAUCCGCGAUCCGAAUGGGGGGUUUCGAAAUAUUCGAGUAAUGGAAAAUUUUUGGAAAUUCGCGCACAAAAUUUGAAACUUCUUCCUUUUUCGAGACAUAGAAUUCCAAGAUUUCUAGAAUUUUUUUCUCGAUUUUCUUUUUUCAAACGAACAAAAUUCGCGUGGAUCCGCGAGACGCGACCGACGCUCUAUUACUCGCGUGUUGCGAAUAAACGGAAAAUUUUUCAAGCACAAAUUUUCAAUUGCUUACAAUUAAAAAAAAAAAAAGAAUUCGCGAUUUGCUUCGCUCCGUCCGGAUACUCGGAUAACGUCACGGCUCGAACCAACUUGAAAGCUUUCCGUCACGCGUACUUGAUUUUAUUACGUAUGCAGCAAGUGAUAAGAAAUUCACGAGAUAUUUGUAUUUAUAUCGUUGCGCGGUGUUUUUGCGAACGCAACACACACCAUGCCAUAAACACACAACAUGUGUAUAAACGAGUUUCCAUACUCAAAAAGUUUUUAAUAACGAUGUCUGACUUUGCGAAAAUAGACGGUUUCGAUUGAAAACAAAACAGUUAAAUGAGUUUUAACAUGUAAAAUAUGACUCAAAUAUUUUAAAAUAUAAGAAAUAAAACAAAUGUUGUAACUUU